UGAUAAUCUGAGUGUGGGUGACUCGACAUCAAACUGUGCCCUUCUGGAAGUGGAAGGAGUUGAGUCUCCUCAGUCAUCCGCCGGCGCCGCCUCCUCUCCGCUUGCUGCGGAGGACAGAGGACAGAAUCACAGCGGAAUCUUCUGCAAGGGGACACGGGGAAGGGCUAUAGAGAGGAGUCGAAACCUACCAGUGCUGCUGAGCCCCUUGGGAUAUCCGUCCAGGUUUUUUCUACUCCUAUGAGGACUCGUGCAGGAUCCAUCACCACUCACUGAUCACCACACUGUAGAGGCUGCUAUGUCUGAACUCAUGGAUCUUUCAGCAGCCAUGGCCCAACAGAGCGCUGAGCUGUCCCACUGCUAGGCGACGGGGCAUCCGAGAGGGCAGAAGACAUGUUGGGACAGAGGCCUGGGGAUCACUGCACUGAAUUCUGUUACUAUAGCAACUACUGUAGUAACCAUGGAAACGCUAUGGAGGACUGGUCUGGUCUGCACUGUCAUCGUCGUCAUGGUUGCCACAGAGGUCGAAGGAGGUCACAGAGAUGAGAUUGUCCAGUCACAAGCUGCUUUCCUGUCCAGUCUAGGCCAAUAUGAGAUUGCCAUCCCAGUACGUGUAGGACCUAAUGGCCAGGCGCUGGAUGCAGAAAUGCCGCAACACCACAGAAGGAAACGCAGCACUGAAGAAAGACUGCCUGACUCUCUCUUCUACCAGCUGUCCACGUCACGUAACAACUUCCUGCUGAACCUAACGCUGCAGGGAGGCCUGCUGUCUCGGCAGUUCAGAGUGGAAUACUGGAAGAAAGGCCGAUUGGCCUGGAGUCAUCCUUACUCUCCCCACUGCCACUAUGUUGGACACCUCCAAGAUCAGCCGCACUCCAGCAAAGUGGCCCUGAGCAACUGUAACGGCCUGCAGGGGGUGAUUGUUGCAGGGGGAGAGGAGUACCUGAUUGAACCCCUUGUCUCACCAGAUAACCAGACCAGGCAGGAGAGGGGGGAGAGAGCAGAGGGGCGCCCCCAUGUGGUUUACAAGCGGUCGUCGCUCCGCCAUCAGUACAAGGGCCAAUCCUGUGGAGUCAUUGAUGAGAAGCCAAUGAAAGGUGCGUCAUGGUGGCAACGAACUCUGAAGACGCCUCCUCAUCAUGUCGGGCGCGGCCAGCUGCCUCUGAAGCGUUCAGUUAGCCGGGAGCGCUACGUGGAGACGCUGGUGGUAGCCGACAAGAUGAUGGUGGGUUACCAUGGUCGCAGGGACAUCGAGCAGUACAUCCUGGCUGUCAUGAAUAUUGUUGCCAAACUGUUCCAGGAUUCUAGCCUGGGGAAUGCAGUCAACAUUGUGGUGACACGGCUCAUCCUGCUAAUGGAAGACCAGCCAACACUAGAGAUCAACCACCAUGCAGGGAAGUCUUUAGACAGCUUCUGUAAGUGGCAGAAAAACAUCCAGCACCGCAGCAGCUACGGUAACGCCAUACCAGACAACGGGAUCGCUCACCAUGACACUGCUGUGCUUAUUACCAGAUACGACAUCUGCAUUCAAAAGAACAAGCCCUGUGAAACUCUAGGUCUGGCUCCUGUAGGAGGGAUGUGUGAGCCAGAGAGGAGCUGCAGUAUCAAUGAGGACAUCGGCCUGGGAACAGCCUUCACUAUCGCCCACGAGAUAGGACACACGUUUGGGAUGAACCAUGACGGGAUGGGGAACGCCUGCGGGCCCCGCAGCCAGGAGACCGCCAAGCUGAUGGCUGACCACAUCACCAUGAAGACAAACCCAUUCAUCUGGUCCGCCUGUAGCCGGGAUUACAUCACCAGCUUCCUGGACUCAGGUAUGGGCUCCUGUCUGAACAACAUCCCCCCCAAGCAGGAGUUUGUGUACCCCACCACAGCGCCGGGUCAGGCCUACGACGCAGACGAACAGUGCCGCUUCCAGUACGGCGUUAGAUCUCGACAAUGUAAAUAUGCGGAAGUCUGCAGUGAACUUUGGUGCAUGAGCAAGAGCAACCGUUGUAUCACCAGCAGCAUUCCCGCUGCAGAGGGAACCAUCUGUCAGACCAACACCAUAGAGAAAGGGUGGUGCUAUAAGAGGGUGUGUGUGGUGUACGGGACUCGUCCGGAGGGCGUGGACGGAGGCUGGGGUCUGUGGUCACCCUGGGAGGAGUGCAGCAGGACCUGUGGAGGAGGAGUCUCCUCGUCUAUCAGACACUGUGACAGUCCCAGGCCAACUAUUGGUGGAAAGUAUUGUUUGGGGGAGAGAAAGCGCUUCAGGUCCUGCAAUAUUGAUGAUUGCCCUGCAGGCUCUCGGGAUUUCCGGGAGAUUCAGUGCUCUGAUUUCAACAGCGUUCCUUUCCGGGGAAAGUUUUACACCUGGAAGCCAUACAGAGGAGGUGGGGUGAAGCCCUGUUCUCUCAACUGCCUGGCAGAAGGAUACAACUUCUACACAGAGCGUUCUCCAGCCGUGGUGGAUGGCACACCUUGCCGAGAUGACUCUCUGGAUGUGUGUGUAAAUGGAGAGUGUAAGCACGUAGGCUGUGAUCGAGUCCUCGGCUCAGACGUUCGCGAGGACCGCUGCCGGAUUUGUGGGGGUGACGGGAGCAGGUGUAUGUCUGUGGAGGGACUCUUCAAUGACUCGCUGCCUGAAGGAGGUUAUGAAGAAGUGGUCAGAAUUCCUAAAGGAUCAGUGUUCAUCCACAUACAAGAGCUCAACAUCUCCCUCAACUACCUGGUGCUGAAGAGUAAAGGGGACCAGUACUUUAUCAAUGGGAAGCUGACCAUUGACACACCACGCAGGUUCGAUGUUGCCGGUACCACCUUCCACUACAGGCGGCCCACUGAUGGACCAGAAACUCUUGAAGCUCUGGGGCCAACAAACAUAACCCUGACUGUCAUGGUGCUUGUGCGGGAGGAGAACCCAGGGAUCCACUAUCGCUUCAACCCCCCACUGAACAGGGAACCUCUGACUGGCUUUGCCUGGCACUACAACUCCUGGUCACGCUGCUCAGCUCUCUGCGCUGGAGGUGUGCAGACACAGCAGGUGGUGUGUAGGAAGCAGGCAGAUCAUUCAGUCGUCUACAACCACUUCUGUGACAAGAAGAACAAACCCAAAGAGAAGAGGAGAACCUGCAAUACUGAGCCGUGCUCUCCAUCCUGGUGGACAGGAGAGUGGUCAGAGUGCAGUCGCAGCUGUAAUGGUGGCCUGCGGACACGGGAGGUGUUAUGUAAAAGGAGGAUCUCUGUGACGGAGGAGAAGGUCCUGGACGACUCAGCGUGUACAACCCAACGCCCUUCCCCCACUGAGCCCUGCAGCAACCACAGCUGCCCCCCUGAGUGGCUGGCCCUGGACUGGUCCGAGUGUACGCCCAGCUGUGGUCCUGGCUACAGGCACCGUGUGGUCUUGUGUAAGAGCGGGGAGAGCGGUGACGACCUACCAGAGUCCAAGUGCCCUAAACAUGGCCGGCCCACCUCCAGGGUACGCUGUAACCUGCAGCGCUGCCCUCCCCCUCAGUGGGUGACGGGUCCCUGGGGAGAGUGUUCUGCCAGGUGUGGUCUGGGUCAGGAGAUGCGUUCGGUGCAGUGUCUGACCCCCUCCCGCCAGCCGUCCAAUGAGUGUCUUGAACAUCAGCGGCCAGCAGGCAUGCAGCAGUGCAAGAGCAAAUGUGACCUCAAUCUGCCCAUCAGUACAGACAACCCCGAAGGCCAAAUGCCGGGAGGAUUUAUGUCAUUCCAUACAAGUCGUAUAAGUCUGAACAAUAAAGAGUGUAAAGAUGUGAACACUGUGGCCUACUGCCCCCUGGUGCUCAGGUUCAAGUUCUGCAGCAGGCCAUAUUUCAGACAAAUGUGCUGCAAGACCUGCCAGGGACACUGACCUGACACCGUGAAGCUCACAGCAUCCAAUCUCUGGGUCCUGUACACACUCACAGUAAGCCUGAAACCCUCCCACUGAGCCUUGUAACAGCAGCCCUCACACUACCUCUAUCAGAGGAGUGAGAGAUCGAGCUGGAAUGCUGUCGGACUGACACCUGGUCCUGUUACUGUAAAGAGGGACCUUUUUUCCAGCCAGAAUCCAGCACAAACCAGACGCCUCUCCGGGCCGAGCUGGGCCAUAACAGCCUGAGCUGAGUUUUACAUUCCACUGGAGGGAGGGCUGCAGAAACCUGGAGAGACAGAGAGAGGGAGAGAGCAACUUCCCUCCAUCGCCUGUCUUUCUAAUGAUCCCUCUGUUGUAAUAUUUUGGUGCUACUAUAUUUCUCUUUGGCCGCAGGGCUGGUCGCAGUACUCUCUUAAACCUGUAUGUUAACAGGUGAUAUUUGUUUAGUUACGAAUUAAAAAAAUCCACUUUGUAAAGAAAAUGAUUUACCAGAUAUCUUCGCCCAUGAAAAGGAAUAUCUUAUGCUAUAAAAUGAAAGAUUUGUUUCUAUGUUAUCUAAUAGUUGUUACUUGACCACAUUGUUUUUAUGCCAUUGCUUUGUUCCGUAUCAACGUAUUCAUCAAGUCCUCGCUGUUAUUCAGCUGAAGUAUGAGCAGAGUUUGAUUUGCACAAAGUGUCAGCAGUCAGAGGUCUUGUGUAUUUUAUGUUUGUUUUGACUUGAUGUCUCUAUGGAAGCUAUAAAUGUGUCACUGCAGUGAACCUGCCGUAGUCUUGCCAUUUUGGUUAGUUUGCUUAAAUGUUAUCACCUCUACAGUAAAGCAGAGCUUCAAGCUGCACAGGACACAUAGAGACACUUAGUGAAGUGAGCAAAGCCAGUGCUGACCAACCAGGACAUUUUUAGAUGAUAGCAUUUUUUUUUAGUGGCUGCGGCAGCUCGGUUCAGUGUCAUUAUCUGAAAAUCCCUCAGCGCAGGGCCUUGCUGUUCAUUUUUUUUUUUUUUUUGCCGCCACAUGUUACCACUCAAUCGACAGUGCUAGUAACUUUUACUGUGAGUGGAAACUCCGAGCACAGUGAGACACAGUUGAGUCAGCUCUGCCAGCAGGAACAGGCCCAGUAAGGAGGAGUGAAGACCUCUGACCACACUGCUUUCAAACAGCAUUUUAUAGUAGGAGUGCUAAUCUGAGGAUGGAUUUACACAACCAUAAAAUCUGAUUUCUUUGUGGCAAUGAUCUGAUGUAUUUGAUGUAGUCGGAAACCAUCAUUAAGCCUGCUGUGGAAAGAUUUCUGCCACAGAUUAGUCUAAACUAGAGAAUUAUCAUUUAAACUAAUCUUCCAGUGUGAUAAUAGCUGAUUUUGUUUGACCAUGUGGGGGCAGUAGAAACAAGUUGUUUUAAGUUGUUGAACUUGUUAGCAAACAAUUGCCUACACAUCCCGCAGUUACAGAGCAACAUUCAUUUGGAGUCAUGUUUGUGUCCACCUGAUAAAUAUAAGUAAAUAUUCACUCUCUUUGAGCUCUGUUUUGGUCUCUACCAACUCCUGAUGGAAAUAUCUGUCUCUUUAGCUGCUAAAUGCUCCACUAUGUUCACCUACUAUUCUCUGUCUGUCGUUUGCUGCUAAGCAGGUAGUGUACAGUGAUUUUUCUUAGAGCUUUUUCAUUGAAAACAGCUGCCUGCUGCAGCUGAAAAUGACUCAGUGAGAGCGAUGAGAGUGAACCAAAAACUGUAAAGUUGUGGGCUGAACAGCUAAACAAUUAGAAACUCACUAUAAAACGCCAUUAAGUCAAGGGGAGCUGCAGAUUCAGGUGAUAAUUCUCUUGAAGUUCAUCACUAUGAGGGACCCCUUUCACAUUCUCAUUUCAUACAUUGGUAUUAUAUAAAUAUUGAUUAUAGUUGCUUAAUUGAAUCGACACAGUCAGUGUAAAGCUGUGCGCUGAAUUCUCAAAAAGCCCAAAACCACUGUGCAAACCAAUGUCAGCUAUUGUCCUUCUAAAGAUAGUGAUGGGAUUAUGUCACCCUAAAGGUCACAGAUUCCCAGCUAUCAUACAGGAAACGUGCAUUUGUGUAGCGCUGAUUUCAUUGAAGAUUUUUUUAUUGACACAUAUUUAAAAAAAAAAUGCAGUUUCAGCUGUUUCUCCAUCCUGAAUAAUUUUAGAAACAAGAGAUCAGUCAUCACUGUGACGUCCACUGUGCUCUGCUGUGGCCGGUGUCUUCACAAACGUUCACACUGAUCAGCGCUGAAAGCAGCUCUGUGUAACACUACAUGUCACAUCAUUUCAUUGUAAAGAGACAAAGCUACAGUUUGUCUUUAUGGGGAUUAGCUGCAAUGUUGUUUCUUUUGUUUUGUUUUAUUGUGGUGCUUUGGUUUGGAUUGGUGCUAUUAGUUCACUGUUGUUGUAAUUGUUAUCAUUUUAACAAUUGUGCUUUUAAUUAUUCAGAAAUCAAUUUGAGCCUGUUGUAACAAUACCAAUCUGCAGAGCUGGACCCCUGACCCACCAGCCAUCCUCUUUGGGUUCCUUUGUUCAUUUCUAUCAGAAUAUAAGCUUUUAAUGUACCCUCCCAGACUUGGCGUGUAGUGCCUCAAAAUCACCAUGCAAAUUUUAGAAUUAUGUCAAAUACCGUAGCAAAUUCUGAAGGGGCACUGUACAGAUAUUGGCAUUUCCCAGCGCUCUUAACAUCUUAACAAUUUUAGGACUAUAAAAAUAACUUAUUUGGGCGGCAUAAACAAACAUUUAGGUUUUGGGAACGCCUUAACAAAUGUUCGGUACUCGGAUGGUGUGUAGGGUCUCAAAAAAGUCAAACAGUCUGCUAAUCCAUCCACGUGGAGCAUAGAAACAUUAUUUAAUUUAAAGUUUUUGUGCGGAUAAUUUGUAUGCCAUCAGUGUACAGCUAACUUCACCCCCACAGUUUUUCAUUAUUGAACACACCAUUUGUAUCAUUUAUCAGUUGCACAUAAAGUUUCAGAAGAUAGUUCCAUGUUUUUAGUGUCUGAAAGGCAUUUUAUUUUCUCUGUAUCUACCUGUGCCUAUAAUAAAGGUUCACACUGAGAAGUGAGCCUGUUUUAUCUGAGUAAAUAAGAGGGACAGUACCGGUAAUUGUUGUUUUGUUUUGUCACAUGAUAAUUAUAACAUGACAUGUACUGUAUGUUGUUCAAUACUAUAGAAAAUGAAUCUGUUUGUCCCCCAUGUACAUCUUUUUAAAAGGAAAUAUUAAAUUGAUUAAACAUGAGGCAUUGUUGAUUCUAA